CUCGGGGAACAAAUACUCGUGAAGUGAAAUAGCUUGCUCAGGCGGGAAAAGGAAAUCCAACAUAUCGACUAAAAUUCCAAAUUUAUGUUCCGCGGCACACACGGUGGAAAAACCUUUCUCCUUCCACCGGCCACCGAAAUCAAAUUUCUGGAGAGAAACAGGGAGCACAUUCAGCACAAGAGAGAAAAUCACCGAUUUCCGCAACUUUUAGGUUUUGUAACUUUGAAGCAAAGGGGAAUUGACUUGUUUAAACCGUGCUACAAUGGCCAAGAAUGUCAAACCUUCGCGCAAAAGAGAUGUCUCUUCACUGCAUCCAUUUGGUCACUUGAGACAGUCUAGCAUACUGGAGCAUCUCCAACCCAUGGGCAAAUCAAAGAAGAGGCAGACUGACAAUUUUCCCGAGGUAACAACAUCUGAAGCCGAGUUGCAAAGACAUCCUGAAGUACAAGAUAAAUUGCAGAAGCCUCAUAUUGAAGAGACUUCUGAAACAAAUUAUACACCUGAAACAUCUUACAGUCUGAAUUCAGCCCAUAGAACAGUAGAGGAUGUAGAACUUGGACCAGACUGGGACCAGAAAGCCAACAGUCUGCUGCGUAAACAUUUUGGGUACUCCGGGUUGAAAAGUUUUCAAAUGGAAGCUCUUGGUGCUUGGUUUGCUCAGCAAGACUCUCUUGUUCUUGCAGCAACAGGGUCUGGGAAAUCUCUGUGCUUUCAGCUGCCUGCGCUUUUGACAGGGAAGGUUGUGGUCGUGAUUUCUCCUUUGAUAAGCUUGAUGCAUGACCAGUGCUUAAAGCUAUCAAAACAUGGCAUCUCUGCAUGCUUCCUUGGAUCAGGACAACCAGAUAACACCGUUGAGAAGAAAGCAAUGAACGGCAUGUAUUCCGUCGUAUACGUUUGCCCCGAAACACUGCUUAGACUAAUAAGUUCACUUCAGAGGCUUGCGGAGAACCGUGGAAUAGCUUUAUUUGCCAUCGAUGAAGUACAUUGUGUUUCAAAAUGGGGACAUGACUUUAGACCUGAUUACAGGCGAUUGUCUGUGUUGCGUGAAAGUUUUAGUGCCAGCAGUUUGAAUUUCUUGAAAUUUGACAUUCCAAUAAUGGCAUUGACUGCCACUGCCACUGAUCAUGUCAGAGAAGACAUUCUUAAGUCGCUUAAAUUGUCAAAGGAUGUAAAAGUUGUGCUUACGACAUUCUUCCGUCCAAACCUUAAAUUCUCAAUAAUGCAUAGUAGGACAUCAUCUACGUCUUAUGUUAAGGAUUUCCAAGAAUUAGUGAAAGCAUACUCUAGCAAGAGAACAACAAAAGAAAGAAGUGAUUAUACUAGGGCGGUCACAGAGGAUCUUGAAGACGCAUUAGAACAUUCCGGUAGCGCGACUUCUGAUAGCAGUGAUGGGGAUGAAAUGGAUGAGCAGGAUGAUGAGUUGAGCUCGCGUAAAAAUAUUGCUUUCAGUGCUUCGAAAGGAAGACAGUUAUCAGUUGAGUUUCUGGAAGAUGAUUUUGAUGACAUCCAGACUGCAGAUGACUUUGAUGUUUCUUGUGGUGAGUUUUGUGGGAAGUCAUUGGUUGAUGACGUACAGAUCAGCAAAUCUACUGAGCUACCACAUUUUUCUCCACGGCCAGCAGAAAGAUCACAACCUAUGAAUUGUUCUUUGGAACAAGGACCGACCAUCAUAUAUGUUCCGACACGAAAACAAACAGUAGCUAUAUCAAAAUAUCUUUGUACAAAGGGUGUCAAGGCUGCGGCUUAUAAUGCAAAGUUGCCAAAGUCGCAUCUUAGACAGGUCCACAAGGAAUUUCAUGAAAAUACUCUAGAAGUAGUUGUUGCAACUAUUGCUUUCGGAAUGGGCAUUGACAAACUAAACGUACGAAGGAUUAUUCAUUAUGGAUGGCCUCAGAGUCUAGAAGCAUAUUAUCAAGAAGCAGGGCGUGCUGGACGAGAUGGCAAAUUAGCAGAUUGCACUCUGUAUGCAAACCUAUCUAGACUGCCAACACUCCUACCCAAUAAAAGAACUGAACAACAAAAGAAAAACGCAUACAGGAUGCUAACUGAUUGUUUUAGAUAUGGUAUGAAUACUUCAAUUUGCCGCGCAAAAGUACUGGUUGAGUACUUUGGGGAGGUUUUCCAUCAGGAGAGGUGUAUGUCAUGUGAUGUAUGCACAAAUGGACCUCCUGAAUUGCAGAAUAUGAAAGCAGAGGCUACAGUUUUCAUGCAAGUUAUUGCUGCUCACUACAAACAACAAAGUUUUGAAGAAUAUUCGUAUGAUGAUUAUAUAGGUGGUGAGAUAGAGAGAAGCAGAUCAAGUGAGAGGCCAACUCUAAGGCUGUUUGUGACAAAAAUAAGGGAACAGUCUCAGCAAUUUCUAGCUAGUGAUCAGCUAUGGUGGCGAGGUCUUGCUCGUCUUUUGCAGGACAAAGGUUUUAUCAAAGAAGGAGGUAACAUGAAUGGUGUUCAGAUAAAAUGCCCCGAGUUGACUAAACAGGGACUUAGAUAUCUCGAAUCUGAUACAGAACAAGAUUUUUAUGCUUAUCCUGAGGCUGAUAUGCUGUUAUCAGCUACCCGAGCACACGAGCCUUAUUCUUCUUUCUCGGAAUGGGGUAAGGGAUGGGCAGAUCCUGAAAUUCGCAAACAGCGUCUAGCAAGGAGAAGGUCAACUAGAAAACCACGGAAAUCUCGCAGUAGAAAGUCCAGACAUCAGUCAAAUUCAAUGACAGUUAAAGAACGAAUAUCUGCAAAGCUAUCAAAACGAAAGAGGUGAUCACUUCACAAAUUGCAGUUUUCUUUGAAAGUUCGAGUUGGGUGUGUGAUAAUUUGAUUUGCUGCUCCACUUGGUUUACAUCAGAGCAAGACCAAUGGAUCCCCUGUGAUAUUGUUCUCAUACAUUCUAGUUAGUAAUAGUGUAGUACACUUUUUGUUGUUAGUUGAGUUGGUACAAGCAUUACUUUGUAGAAAGUUUGCUGCAUAGAACUUAUGUUAGCUGAACAUGUGCAUCUUAAUGUUCACACUGAGCUUGAGAAACUACAGAAUCCUUUAGUUAAAAAAGCAUAAUUCUUCUUGGUUUUUUUCGGGAUGCUUCCGAACAGAGUGAAAUGUAUGCAUUCUAUUAUUCUGCUCGGA